AAUUUAAGUGACACACACGCCAUAAUGUAAAUUGCUUUUAAAAGUUGGCGUUUGAGAUAGAAAUUUUACAUUUUAAUGUCGUAACGUAGAUUUAUUAUAGAUGUGUGGCAUUUAAAAUGUCCUAUGUAAAAUUUGGUUGAAGAAUUGCCAUGGCUCAAUAUUAUCAAAUUGUUGGGCAAGGGCAUUCAUUAACUUUAGAGGACUUACAAAGAUUUUGUCCAAAUAUAUGCUUAGAUGGAAGAAUUGUAGUUAAUCAAGAAGAUCCGCAAUAUGCCUCACAGCAAGUGGUCGUACAACAGUCGGAUCAACCUAAUGAUAUAAUAGUUAGUGAAGGUGUGCCAGCGCAGCCUCAAAUAGUUGUUGGAGAUGGCUUACAAUAUCAACACCAGUAUAUUAUACGUAAUGAUCAGCCAUCAUCUUCACUACCACCACCGCCACAACCUCCACCUCCGCCUCCAACAAUUAGACCUGGCUUUCAGCAACAACAACAGCAGCCACAGCAAAAUCACCAACAGCAAACAUUACACAGACAUCAGGUUUUCUACACAUCUGAAUUACCUGUGGACGCUCAGACUAUGUUGCAACAAUCUCCACAGAGCAUUGAUGCAUCUAUGAUGCAACAGUCAUCUCCACAGAAUAUGGUGAAUUCUGUACAAGUGUUAUCACAACCUGUGCUUCACCCGGGACAACAACCACCGCCGCAGCCCCCACCCCCGCCACCCCCACCAACGCCGCCGUCGCAAUCGCCUCAGCAACACGCCAAUCAAAAUCAAACACAACAACUAUCUCGUGCCUCGCCACAAAUUCUACAACAAUUGCAGCAACAUCAACACACAAUACAGCAAUUCCAGCUGCAACAACAACAACUACAGCACCAACUUCAACAACAACAUAUUCAGUCACAACAAAUACAACAUCAACAAGUUGUGAUGCAAGCAGCAUACAUCAAUCAAAGUGGAACUCCAACACGCUCGGUUCCUCCACGGUUAUUGAAUCAAGCACUCACCGCGCCUGCUGGAGUGACUCUCGUAAGGACACCCGUAAGAACAGUCCGACCGAGACGACCUCCUAUGCGAGCUGCAUUGAAUACAACCCAACCUCUUCAAGUGCCUCGUCUUCUCACCCAUAAUCAGUUACAACAAGGUCAAGUUAGUGCAAGCAGCAGUGGUGUAGUAGGCGCAUCGAUGAGCCCGGCGAUAGUAGCGGCAGCGGUACGUAACCGCGUCCCCCGAGCCGCAUCGCCGCGUACUCCAUCGCCCCGGGUGCUGAACACGCAUGCCGUGCAACAACAACAUAGGCCGCCUAGACCGCGGACGCCCUUAAAUCAACAACUAGCUCUACAACAACAACAACAACAACAACUACAACAACAGCAACCGCAGCAGCAACAGCAACCACAACUCCAACAGCAGCAGCAACAAACACAACAACUGCCACAACACAUACUCAGUCAGCAAGUUACGCAGCAACAAGUUCAACAGUUAAACCAAUUGAAACUUUCUGUUCAACAGCAACUCCUAUUAAAUCACCAAAGUCAAGGUCAUGGUCCUACCGCACGAAUAAUCACACCACAGGGUACCAUCGUGACACAAAACAUGUCCCAGGCAAAUCUCUCCCACCAAAAUGUUGCACAAACUAGCCAAAAUAACAUAACUCUACCUCAACCGAACACAAUAAAUGUUCAACAAAACAUGUCUUCCCAACAACUGCAACAGAUCCAGCAAGUGAAAAAAGUUGUAGUGCAACCUAACAAUGCUAACGAAAUGGAUGAUCUAGAAGAGAGUAUAACAGCAGCAAUAGUUCAAAAGAAUAUAGUAACUGACAAUGUCAACAAGCAGCAGUAUCAAUCGCUUUCCCCUGUCCGGCAAGGAACAGUGGCACCUCGUCCAACAAAUAGUGGUAUUCAAGUAAAUUUUAAUCCACAACAAAAUUUUCAACAGCAACAUGUAACCUUUGAAAACCAACACAUACAGCCUCAACAUCAGCCCCAUGCAGUUAGUCAGAUAAGUCAGUUGUUGAUGCAGCCUGAAAAUCCUGAGGAGAAAAGACAAGUUAUUACAUUGUCAAACGGACAGAGGAUUACUGUUGCGGAAUAUAGGAGAUUACAAUCGUCCCGCGCUUUGACUCAGCAUUUACUUCAACAGCAUCAGCAACAAGAACAACAACAGCAACAGCAGUUACAACAACAGCCAAGAGAUACUGGACGACAAACGUUAGUAAAAAGUAAAGAACAACAGAGGCCCGUCCAAAGGGUACCUCCUAUGCAAACCAAUCAACAGACAGGUCUACCAGACAAUAAUGAGGCUGUAAGUGGACCUUCGGAACAAUCUUCGGAGCCACAAUCUGCGAAAAUGUUAAUAUUUCUGCAAAAUGGUGAACAAAGACUUAUAACUUUUACACUACCUAAAGAAAGUUGUACACUGCAGGAAGUGCUGGAACAGGUGGAGGUCCCGUUCACAGAAGAUACUCAUAUACAGUGUAUGCAAAACACAAAUAGUGAAAUAGAUUAUUUUGUAUCAAUAGGUUCUACAACUAGGAUAGAAGAAAUGUUAGAAAAUCAUCCGAUCUUAGUGGGUGAUAUGAAUACUAGAAAUUCCCCUAGUGUAAUGUCACAACCAUCUCGAAGUAGUGAAGUUCCUUCACCAGAGAAGACACCAUGCCCGGAUAGCAUUACCAAUAGUCCGGAAUCCCCGCGGUCGCCACCGCCUCGCUUCGUAGAAGGAAUGCUUGCCGUCUGCAAGUUCUGCGGAUACACUGGCUCAGAUUUUAGCAGAUGUCAAAGAUGUCGGAGGGUAUUUACAGAGGAGCCGAAAGGUGUACCGAUAGCAAUUAAAAAAGUAGAACUAAAAAAGAAAGACAUAGAUAAGACGAACUCAGAUAAGCCUACAUCAUGCGAAGGAAUCAAAUUGAAUUUGUUGAAGAACACAAUAAAAUCAUUAAAUAGUAAAACGGGUGCACAUGACAAGAAGCCAGCAAGAGUAAGAAAGCCUCGAGGAAAACAACCAGACCCGGAGCCAGUUAUUCUAACACUAAGUUCUGACGAAGAGGACUCAAAUAGCUCCAUGUUAAGUUAUCAGGAACAAUCGGCGAGCAUGAAAGAGCCAUCACUGAGUGAAAUAGAAGGCGGCACUCCAGACAGCGGUAUUGGAUUUGAUCAGUUAGAUGAUGAGAGCAGAGAAGAAAUCAACCACGGCAUAGCAGGCAUGGUCACAUCUCUAAAUUGCAGAACUAUAAGAAUAGGAUCAUAUAGAUACACUCCAAAGGAAAAGAUUUAUUUGUCAUCGAGAGGAAUUAAAAUAGUGGCACCGUCAUUAAAAAAUGAAUCACAGGAAGUUGCUCUUCAAAUUCAAUUAAAAGAAAUAGUGAGAGUGUUGGGACACUUUGGCAAAGGACUGCCUGUUAUUUUUUUAUACACCAUGAGCAAAUGUGGGGCUUAUAUAAGAAAAACUUUGGACAUGGUCGAAGAUGCAGGUCCAUAUUAUGAUCCUAUGUCCAAAGUGGAUCCAUAUAAAAGGAUAACAUUAUUACCUGAGGUAUUAACAGAUGAGGCGAAAGUUGCCCUUAAAACCUUAUUUGGUAAAGUCUUGGAUGAGUUAAAUCCAAAAGAGGCUAAUGAAAUAUUAGUGAGGACAUGUCCCAAAGAAAUUAACAAUGUUAGCAAGAUGACAACAAGAUCCGCAAGUAUAACCGCUUCAUCGGGAUCUAAAAAUUCAAAUCCAGCAGAAAUAAGACAAAUACUCAUAUACCCCCCUGGAAAAGGCGGUAUUCCAAUAAAUACUGAGGACUACAUGUGCCUAGCGCAGGACCAGUUCUUAAAUGAUGUUAUUAUUGAUUUUUAUUUAAAACAUCUAGUCCAUGAUGUUUUAACGCAUGCACAGAGAGAGAAGACUCAUAUUUUUAGCACUUUUUUUUAUAAAAGAUUAACAACCAAACCAAGUAAAAUAAAUAGGAGUUCAAAUCCACAUGAAUGGGACAGCAGCCUGACACCAGCACAAAAACGACACGCCAGAGUAAAAACUUGGACGAAAAAUGUGAACAUAUUUGACAAAGACUUCAUAGUAGUUCCUAUUAAUGAAAAUUGCCACUGGUUUGUGGCUAUUAUUUGUUUUCCAACUUUGGAUGGAUGUAGAAGUAUUUUAGAUAAUCGGGUUGUUGUUCCUCAAGUUAUUAAGAAAAAAGAACGUAGGUCAUCCAUGCAAAUUGGAAACACAACCAUAACACCUCUUAGUAAACAGGAACAACUUACAUUAAAUUGUGAUUCAGAUAAUCUAAGUGAAAGAGAUGAAGCUGAGGGGGAUGAAAGUGAUUUGGACAUGCAGUGUGAUUCUGAGGAAGAUGAGCCUGAGAAACCUGAGAUUAAGUUGGAACCAGUAGUCAGAAAAAUCGAACCCAUAAAGCAGCCAUGUAUAUUAAUCUUCGACUCGCUGGCUGGCGCUUCUAGGUCAAGAGUUGUUGCAACACUGCGGGACUACCUCACAUGUGAAUACCAAGCAAAAGUGUCCAAAAAUAAGAUAUUUAAUAAAGAUAAUAUCAAAGGGAGCUGUCCUAAAAUCCCACAACAGAAUAAUUUUACGGACUGUGGGCUGUAUCUAUUACAAUAUGUUGAGCAAUUUUUUAAGAGUCCAAUAACGGAUUAUACAUUACCUAUAAAACAGCUAUCCAAUUGGUUCGACGAAAUUGUUGUGACGAGAAAGCGUGAGGAGAUUUCGAACUUGUUAAAGUUAUUAAUGCACAAAUAUAACCCCGACUCGCAUUUAGCAUUACCAGAUAUUGCAUUUCCUACUCUAAAUGGAAAACUAGUUGAAUCUGACCAACAAGAGGAGAGUGGUGACAGUGAGAAAAGUGGCUCUAGCAAAGAGCUAAAGGCUGAGCGUAUAUCGGAGGGUCCUACAUUGAACUUUUUGGUAAAACGAAACAUUGCCGACUCAUCAGAGACUAUACAUUUGAGAAAGACUAUAAGACUCACCAGUGAUUUAGAGAAUAGAUCUGUGAUGCAAAUAAAACAAGAAUUUAUUAAAAAAGGUGACAGUGAAAAUCAGAUUUUAAUACCCAUCAAAGUGCACUCUAGUGAUCUGAUUCAUAACAAUAUUUUAGUGAAUAAGAGUAAAGCUUUAAGUGAUAAAAAACAUGGUGUAUAUAAUCAUAGUGUAUCGAGUGUGAACUGUGUUAGACAAAAUGUAAGUGACAGUGACACAUCCUUCCUUAAAACAAGGAGAAUAAACAAACUGGAUGACAUUGUGACUGAGGGUAGUAAGAAGUUUAAGAAAAACGACUGUUAAUAAACUGUUACUUUAAUAAAUUAUUGUUAAUUUAACUUGUGUAUAGUUAGUUGACUUAUGAGUUAUGUAAAUAUUAGUUAAUUCUAUUAUACUUUAAAUUAAUCUGUAUCUGAUUUUUAAAAUAAACAAUAAUGUAAAAAUGUAUGUUAAAACAACAUAAUAUUAUGUAUUAUAUUAGCUUCACAGAAACGAACUUGUAGUAAAAAUAUACGCAUGUUUUUACUCUGUUUGGUUACAUUUAUUUAUUAAGUAUUUACAGUAAAAGCUAACUAAAUACAUACAUGAAAGUAAGAAAUU